CUCUCACAUCACACGCAUUGGUGGUGGUGCUCUAACCAGCGCAUCCUCAUCCCCUGAAGACCACUUUCAGUUUUGGCAUUUCGCCAUACCUCGCCCAUCUCCAUACCUAAGGCUAGCAGUGUCUUACUGCUUCCUGCUUCCUUUGAUAGCCUAUUCCGAUUUUAGCUUCACCCUUCACUAACAUUUCCAGGCAAACGAGCAGCAGCAGCCAUGGUGCUGAGCGUGGCGCUCCCCGCGGGUCUGGACGCGUCGAAGCUGUCCAAGGACAUCUCGUCGUACAGCGAGCUGCAGCUGGCGCGCCUCAAGUACCGCCCGACUCUCCCCUCCAUGCUCGACGGACCCAGCGUCGUCGAGAAGGGCCCUCCUACGAAGGCCGCCGGCAACGAUGAGGAGAUCGCCAAGCUCUUCCCGUCGCUUUACGGCCAGCCGUCGGUGAAGCUCAUUCCCGCCGGCGCGUCCGCGGCGGCCCCCACGCCCAUCACCGUCGGCGUCGUGCUGUCCGGCGGCCAGGCCCCCGGCGGCCACAACGUCAUCGCCGGCCUCUACGACUAUCUCCAGGAGAAGGUGCCGGGCAGCAAGCUCCUCGGGUUCCUCGGGGGCCCAGCGGGCGUGAUGAAGUGCAAGUACGUGGAGAUCACGGCCGAGUUCCUGUACCCCUACCGCAACCAGGGCGGCUUCGACAUCAUCUGCUCCGGCCGCGACAAGAUCGAGUCGCCCGAGCAGUUCGCCAUGGCCGUGGCGUCGGCGGAGAAGCUCUCGCUGGACGGGCUGGUUGUCAUUGGCGGCGACGACUCCAACACCAACGCUUGCCUGCUCGCCGAGCACUUCCGCGGCAAGGGCCUGAAGACGAAGGUGAUCGGGUGCCCCAAGACCAUCGACGGCGAUCUCAAGGCCGCGCAAGUGCCCAUCAGCUUCGGCUUCGACACCGCCUGCAAGAUCUACUCGGAGACGAUCGGGAAUGUGAUGACUGAUGCCCGGUCUGGCGGCAAGUACUAUCACUUUGUCCGUCUGAUGGGCAGAGCGGCGUCGCACAUCACCCUCGAGUGCGCGCUGCAGACGCACCCCAACAUCACUCUCGUGGGCGAGGAGGUGUUCGCCAAGGGCAUGACUCUGGGCCAGGUCACCAACCACAUCGCUGACGUCAUCUGCAAGCGCGCCGACGCGGGCAAGAAUUUCGGCGUGGUGCUCAUUCCCGAGGGGCUCAUUGAUUUCAUUCCUGAGAUCAACGACCUGAUCUCGCAGCUGAACGAGAUUCUGGCGAAGGCGGCGGUGGACGCGGAGGGCAUGUACGAGUGGAAGGAGGGGCUGCAGCCCAACACGCGCACGCUGUUCGACUCGCUGCCCAAGGACAUCCAGGACCAGCUGCUGCUCGAGAGAGACCCCCACGGCAACGUGCAGGUGGCGCGCAUUGAGACGGAGAAGAUGCUCAUCAGCAUGGUGGAGGAGGAGCUGGGCCGGCGGGCGAAGGCUGGGCAGUACAAGGGCGCCUUUGAGGGCCGCUCGCACUUCUGCGGAUACGAGGGCCGGUGUGGCAUGCCCACUCUAUUCGACGCCACCUACUGCUAUGCCCUGGGCUCGGUUGCAGCUGCUCUGGUGCAGGCCGGGGAGACCGGGCUCAUUGCGUCCGUGGGGAACCUGACCGCUCCCCCCCAGGAGUGGACCGUGGGAGGCACGGCUCUCACUGAGCUCAUGGUGGUGGAGAGGCGCAAGGGCAAGAACAAGCCUGUGAUCAAGAAGGCCAUGGUUGAAUUCGAGGGUGCGCCCUUCAAGAAGUUUGUCUCGGUGCGUGACGACUGGGCUCUCAACGAUCGCUACAGAAGCCCAGGCCCUGUGCAAUUCGAGGGCCCCACUGCUUCCCAGCCCAACCUCACACUGCUGCUGGAGCAAGGAGUCUCCAUCUAGAAAUACUAAAGCUGCUUUUAGGUAUAGCGCAUGUGUGUGCAUCUGUUUUGGAGACCCUGAUUUCUUUGUUCGGACAGCAUAGCAACUCCAAGUCAACUGCCAUGGCAUGGCAUGAUCUUUGGAGGCAAUUAGGGUUGGGCUGGGGCGUUGUGUUUUUGAACCGUCUUUGGUGAUCGUAUGGAACGUCACUACUAAACGGUUCAAUUAAAUGACAAGUCGGUGCAAUUCUGUGAAGGAUGAAACACCAAC